CGACAUAAAGGGGGGUAGCAGAGGGGCAACUCGAUAUUAGAUUUUCCGAGCAGAAGGCUGUAUACACCGCUUUUCAAAUGUUGUGUUCAAUAUUCAUCAAUUAUAAAAAUCUUACCUUUUAAUCAAGGGCUGAUCUUCGCCAUACUAAUUGAGGGCCGUGACAAAUUAUAACUCAAUUAACGACGAGACCUUGUUCUCAAGGUCGGAGAUGAGUACACAGUCGCGGGAAGAAGCACCGGCUUUCGAACCCAACUUAAACAUACCAGAUAUGGCGGGAAAUGAUGGAAACCAAGAUACAAUCAGCAUUAAAUCCGUAACAUCAGAUCUGUUUUCACUGAGUGAAAGCCUACUACCCCAAGGUCCCGAAUCAAAGCAGCACAAGCUUGGGCUUGAUAUAAAUCAUCCUCUGGGCUGGUCGGGUUCGGCUUAUGAUGAUUAUGAUGUCGUCACUGUUCACGGUAUACGUGAUGACUAUAGGACCGCCUGGAUCGAUAAGGAUGGUUCUUGGUGGGUGAAGGAUAAACUAUUCAAAGACCUGUCAAUCCGAGAGAUCGAUUACUCGUAUGAUAUUGACGAGGAUUCGGAGCUCUAUGAACCGAAUGGUAUCAUCCAACAUGCGCGAAGGCUCGUUGAAAAGUACGCUGAAGUUCGUAGGGAGCUUGAGGAGACCGAAGUCGACCGUCCAGUCAUAUGGAUAUGCCACGAUCUCGGGGGAAUGAUCGUGAAGGAGGCGCUUUCUAUUGCUAUAAACCAGUGCGUGAAGUAUGGGAAAAUACCCAUGCUAACUACAGCCAUUUUCUUCUUAGGCACACCUCAUCGAUUCCAAUCUACAGAUGAUCUCGAGGACCAACUACAUAAACUUAUCCUCCUCCCCGGUCCUCAUAUUAGAAGCCAGGUGUUAAGCAAGGUUAAAAACCUAGCGCGUCAAGUUAGCAUGAUAAAUCAAGGCUUUCUUGCUACUAAAGUCUUAGAUCGCGCCGUCAUAUUUAACCUCUUCACUCAAAAUAUUCAUGACAGUCUAAAGCAAGGGAAUGCCGACAAAACAGCUAAUGACAUACAUGACAUAGAUGAGAAUGAUACCAAUCACCCAGUGACUCCGUUCUCGCGCUAUACGCAUUUCAUCGGACAAUCCUUUGAAGCUGCCGGAAGAAGCAGAUGUGAAUAUAUAAGCCAUGAAGACCUUGCCCGGGGCGACCCGCGUAAGCCUUGGGUCCCAUUCCUGUCUGAUAUGUUCAAUACGAGCGGUUGUAAUCUUAAGGUCGACCAUCGUAUUAUUCGAUUUCAAGCACGAAUCCUUUCUCUCGCGCCCCCAACGCGAGCCUUAGAUACGCCAUUCGACCCAGCACUGCCUAGUCCACCUAUUGUACAGUGGAUUUUGGAUGAGCAAAAAUCAUUGACUACUAUCCCUAGGUCGGAUGUGGGACUUAGCAUUAUGCAUAUCCAUGGAAAUGGAAAUCCCCUCGUCGAUAUCUUAGAGACAUCCCGCCUUUUCUACGUUCAUCACGGCUCGCAAAUCAUUUGGGGAAAAUCCCAAAUGAGACCCGAAAAGACGAUGAUAUAUUUCGAGUUUGACAUGUGGGAUUCGCGGUACAAUUCCAUAUCGUCAUUGUUGACCUACCUGAUCAAUAUCAUUCUUUGGCGCUUUUGGGAUAAUAGCAACUCUGUAUUUAUUGGAAAUGAAUUUAAAUUCCUCAAUGAAACGUACGCCUGGUCACCAGAGGACUUGUAUCAUCUAUUUACCACAUUCAGAGACUUUAUCCAGAUUACUCAUCAGCUUACUAUCUUCAUCAGCUACUUCGACCAAUGCCCCGAGGAUCAGCGUCGAUGGUUUCUUAAGCAUACUCUGGAGGAGCAGAGCUACAGCGAAGCAAAAUACCGAAUAAUUAUAUCAACUUUGAUGCGGGAGGCCAUAGAUAUCGAGGGAUUUACCAAUAAGACAUAUAUCAAUCUCGAGAGCUUCCCGGCGAUUGGCGAAUCGAUGGACAAAGUGGUCAGAGAUCUCCGAUUAGGACUCGUUGGUCUAAUAAGGAGGCGCCCUAUAUACGAGGACUUUCUCCCGCAACUGGAAAGCCUUUUUAACGGGUGCAGUGAUACGCCGUAUCUGGGACAUAUCAUUCUGGAAUGGCUUGGGAAUUUUACUCGAGGAAGACCGCAGUGUGAAAUCGCAAACAUAAUAAACAGGCUAUUCCCUCCCACGGCAGAGAACAUCGUCCAGGUCUUUACCUCUUUACUUGAACCUAAACUCCAAUCAAGAAUUAAGAACAUCUUCAAUUGGGUUAAACAUGCAGCAGAACCGUGGUCGCCUGAGUCGUUGAUCCAGGCUCUCAUGGUCCACGAGUCCCAUGGUGGAGAGCCUUCUUUCAAAGACCUCGACAUAGAAGGAAUGAUUGGCGAUAUUGAAGACGCGCUUGGUGGAAUUAUCACGGUCACAGACCGCAAUGUCAGGUUCAGCCAUCCUUCAUUCUAUCACAUGCCAGAUAUGGAUAUUGAAGGGAAUAUAGAAGAACGUGCAGCCAAGGUAAAUAGCGCUAUAGCGGAAAUAUGCUUGCGUUAUCUCCAACUUGAAAGCGCACAGGAGGAACUGGCAACAUUUUCUCCAGAGAAGCUCGAUGGAGGUCCAUGGGAAACCUUACUAGAUGCUACCAUAAUAUUCUUCCCAAGAACGAGCAUGGCUGAGUAUGCCGUUCGGUUUUGGCCCCAGCAUUACCAGGCUAGUGGCCAGUUUAAACCCACCAAACUUGUUGAGGAGAUUUUUGCCAGUAGGAUUACAAGAGCUUCUUGGGAGAUCCCUUUUUGGUUAUUUUCUAACCCGACCACUCGAAUGCGGCGAAGCUACGUGUCAACAUUACCUGUCUUUGCAAUGCUGGGGCUAGACGACUUAGUAGAUAAGAAGAUCAAAUCUGAAAGUAACCAGCAUUGUUUCGAGAAGAACUGUUGGUUUGCCAUCACCGAGGCUGCCCGAACAGGAAAUAACGAACUAACCCAGAAACUACUGAAGCAAGUGACAGUAGAUGAGGAAGAACUUCAGGAGGCCUUGUUCAUGGCCGCUGCUAAUGGCAACGCUGAUGUUAUUAACACCCUUAUCGACAAGAUACCUAACGUAAAAGCAUUCAGUUGGCCCAAGAACCUCAUAUUUCGAGCUACUGCCGCUGGUUUGAACAGCCUUCUCACAUUGAUGCUAAAGUCUGGCUGUGAUAUCAAUGAGAUUGGUAGUUCAUAUAAAAUGUCGCCUUCAAUGUUGGCGAUAUGGCGAAACCGCGUCUCGACACUCGAGCUUUUAUUAAACUCAGAACCUCGGCCGGAUUUAACAAUUGGGGACGAAAACGACACACAAAUGACCGCAGCUGCUGCAAAAGGAAAUCCUCACAUAAUAGAGCUCCUUUUGCAAGGCGGCGCGAGUCUCGAAGCGAGUGAUUGCUGGGGUCAAACGCCAGUGCGGGUAGCAGUUGAAUUCUGCAAGCACAAUGCAGUCGAUAUCCUCAUCAAAGCCGGGGCUGAUCUUGAGCGCGGUGAAACGAGAAGACCACUACUAAUCGUUGCGGCUAAUAUGGGCUUACAAGAGUGCGUUCGCAUAUUACUCAAUCACGGGGCUGAUAUAAACACGGACUACGCUUCGGGGACUGCACUCUACACAGCAAUUGAACGAGGCCAUGUAAAUACCGCCCGAACAUUGCUUGAGAAUAAACACAAACCGAACAAGGACGCGGCCCCCCCAGGCCAUUUAAUGCCUUUAACGAUGGCCGUCUACAACGGAAGCACCGAGCUUGUAUCUCUACUAAUUCAACAUGGCGCCCAAGUAGACUUCGUCGACCCCUCCGAUCACUUCUGUAAGACACCUCUCUCAUGGGCUUGCGCAGAAGGAGAUCUUGAUAUGGUGAAGUUACUCCUGAAGAACAAAGCCGAUGUCAAUUAUACGGGCGGGGUCUCGUAUACGCCAUUAUAUGCAGCCCUCUGGGAUAGUCACAUUGAAGUAGCAAAUCACUUAUUACAGAAUGAGGAUGUUGACGUCAAAUGGGUGUCAGAUGUGGGAUUAGGGGCUCUCCACGUUGCACACUCUCAUCCGAAUAUCAUUCGAGAAUUACUCAAAAGAGGUGCCUUUAUUGAUAGCUAUAGCUCCUCUGGAACAGUCUUACAUCUAGCUGCACAGUAUGGCCACUCAAGGUCUAUCGAGGCACUCCUUGAGAAUGAUCCUAACCCUAACCUAGAUUGCGUUUACGGCGACAAUGGUGUUUUCGAAGAUCAGAUAGGAUGUACACCUCUACAGAUAGCUUGCAUGCACCACAAGCAUAAAUGCGUGAAAGUUCUUCUAGAAGCCGGUGCCAAUUCGAGAUUCAAGAACAAGAAUGGCAAUGAUUCCGUUGAUAUUCUAUUACUACAGACAAAAACAGAUUCAAAAGAUGCCUUGGAAUGUCUCAAAUUACUUCUGUCCAGGGUCUAUAACGUCCCUAUAGACGAUGUUAACGAGCAAGGUCAAACUAGACUUCAUCGCAUUGAAGAGAAAACGCCCAUAUCCAUGAUCCAACUCCUAGUCGAAUUAAGGGCACCACUAGACAGCCAGGACGCGGAUGGAUGCACCCCUCUCGCCGUGGCCAUCAGGAAGAAUAACGAGGGGGUUGCUAGAUAUCUCAUCGAACAGGGCGCUAAUGUCAACAUCUUGAAUCCCAACUUUGGAAGUAUCAUCCACCUUGCCAUCAGUAACAGCACGGUAUACAUCGUGAGGUUACUCGUCAAAUCAGGUGCAGAUCUAGAAGCGGUAGAUCCUAAGUACGGACAGUCGCUGCUGUAUACGGCGCUGGAUAUCCAAGACGACUCGAAGCUCAAGACCAUGGUACGAUACCUAGUUGAUGAAGCUAAAGUCCCUAUUGACAAGCUGGGAGGUCAGCUUGGGUACCCAAUUAUCCGGGCAGCGGACCUGGCCAGAACCAACCACACAACGGGUACAAAGAUGCUCAAGUUCCUUAUCCGGCGCAAUGCUCAGCUAAACGUUGCUGAUGAUCAAGGACGCCGGGCCAUCCAUCUUGCAUGCACGUCCUGCAGCGAUGAUAGCAUCAAAGCCCUGAUUAAAGCUGAUGCGGAAGUCGAUGUGAAGGAUAAAUUUGGUCGCAUGCCGAUCCAUUUCGCAGCUUCGUCACCAAAGAAAGAGUGUUUUGAUUACCUAUUUGAUAACUUCAAAGCCGCAGAUAUCAAUGUUGCAGACCACGAUAAUUGGACUCCGUUGCUAUGGGCGGCACGUUCGGGGCAUAGUGAUACCAUUGCCAAGGUAACCACGCAUGACGUAGACAUAUGGGCUCGAGGGCUUGCUUACGGUGCAAGAGAGGACUGGUCGGGGUUAAAGCUCAUGAACUUUGCCAACAAUUCUACAGAGCUGAGAGACAAGCUCGAGCCCAAGACGCGUACGAGGAUCAACCAGGACGGGGAGAAGGAGGAGUGGGACGACUCUCAGCACAGUAUUAAGCCUGGACACUGGAAAGAUAUUGACUGCAAGAGCUGCUUUGUUAAGAUUGUAGGGCUACAAUGGAAAUGUAUCGACUGCACCCACGACUUCUCGCUUUGCUUCAAAUGCUAUAGCCACCGAUCCGAUAUGCACUACCGGGAGCAUAACUUUGAGGAGAUAGGUCCGCUAUAUGACGAGAAUUCUCUACAGUCGGACAUCAGCGACGGCGUGAAGGAACUGCUGCAAGAAGAAUCGGGGGAUGAGGGAGAAGAGCAAGAUCAUGUGAGCGAUGGUGAUGAUAUAGGGUGGUAAUGUGACGAGAACCUGAGCAGAAAUUGAUUUGACAAGAUGACCUUUAUAAUGUUGUAUUAACCAAGGACAAUAAUCAUAGCAUUCCCUUCGUUGUUCUCUUAUAUGGAUAGUGCUUGAAUGCUGUCUCCGUACAGGGGGCAAUAAAUUCUUCAACCCUAUAUCUUCAAGGGAAGCAUUCUAGCUUUUAAACAGGCAAGUAACGAUGCUGAGUAAUUCAUCUUGUUAUACUUAACAUUAUUUCUAGUGUAUAAGGGUACGAAAUGAGGCAGCGGCCACCCCUUAUAGUCUUUUGACUUAUCCUGAC